CGUCACUCGUCCCCCGUCCCCGUCCGUCAGUGUCAGCGUCAGCUGCAGCUCAGCUAUUAUAGUAGUUAGUAGUAGUUCUGAUCUGAGUUACUGAGUUGUACUUACUGUAGUUAGUUGUUGAAGUGCAAUCAUUCAGGAGAUGGUUCAAGUAAAAUUGGGAACAAACAAAACAAUAUGAAUGAAAGUGUGCUAGGUCUGAUGGGUGCUAUAACCAGCUGAUGUAGUUUCUGCUGUGGAAUAACUUACAUCUCGCCUCUUCGUACAUCAUGCAUUCCCGGGGUGUAAAGUGACGAGCCUGAAGGCUAUGAACGAUGAACGGAGGAUGUCAAAACCACAAUGAGAUGGCACGAAAACGGUGGAAACUGCUGGCUCGCGCACUACAUCGGAGCAAAGAAGAGCCCGAUAAACUCUCAGAAGACAUCAUAUCCGUCAGGAGAAUAUCCAACUUCGGCCUGUUGAACCUUCGCCAGCUAGAAAACAUAUCAAACGACCCUGAUGCGCACUGGUACGAGUACUCGGCAAUGAUUAACGACACCACAUUUACACUUAAAAUACGCCACUUGAUAAAAACCAUCACGCCCGUCGAUCUUAUGGGCUUCAAUAACACCGGGAAUGUCUGCGUUUGGCCGUCUGAGGAAGUCUUAGCCUACUACGCCUUAUGUAACACUGAAGCUUUCCACCACAAGAAGGUGUUGGAGCUUGGAGGCGGGAUGACUUGUCUCGCGGGGCUGCUGAUCCUUAAGUACACUCGCGCUUCCAAAGUGCACCUCACUGACGGGAACCCCCACUCCGUGGACAAUGUAAGGUACAUCAUCGACGAAAACGGGUUCAAAGAUUCAUCAAGAGUUUCCUGCGACGUCCUGAAGUGGGGAAGUCUUCCCAAGUACCACGAGGAGUACGAUGUGCUGCUAGCGGCUGAUUGCCUAUUCUUUGAUGAUGCCAGGUCAGACCUGGUGGUGACAAUGUGGUCUGCACUAUGUGAUGACGGUCAGGCAUUGGUCACAGCCCCACGUAGAGGCUCCACUUUGGACAAGUUCAAGACAGAAGCAGAAGAGAGAGGGUUCGUCUGCACCGUGUUUGAAUAUUACAACCAGGAAAUAUGGAACCGUCAUUUGGAGCUGAAGGCAAAGAACAACAACUACGAUCAAGACAUCCACUAUCCCAUCCUACUUCACCUUCUCAAGCCGAGACAAUGACUUGUAAACGUAAAAGACAUAAUAACGUAAGAGACAAAUAAUGUCCUAGAACAUGGAUGUUAUUAUUUAUCUAGUCCAAACUAGUAAAAAGUGGUCUUACUUUAGUGCCAAAACCAAUCAGUAUUGUAGCCCAAAAAUCUAGUCUUGAGAUAGUCAAAAUGUUAAGUGUUUCACUGAUUCGGUGCAUAUUUUAUGUUUAACUUGGAUUUUUUAAAUGCGGUAUUUUAUGAAAACUAUUUUCUAAUUUAGGAAAUAAUAAAUUGGGGUUGUGACUAUCUAAGUAAUGAAAAUAAUAAACUGUUUAAUCUUUGAUAAUGAUGAAUUUUAAGUGUCAGAUAAUAGCCUAAGCAAUAAUUUCCUGGCUAAAACUGUUUUUACAUAUCUAAAAAUUAUACAGAUCUUAAUUUACUUUUGUUUCAUAUUUUUAUAAUGAAUUUGUAAAAGCAAAUAUAUAUUUAAAUACGCAGGUAAACUUUGACAAAUUUUUAAGGUUCCUCUUUAUUUUUUAAACAAUUUUAAAAUUUUUACCACGAUCAACAAGUGCAGUGCUACUAUCUUUUGGUAACUGUAAUCAAGUAAAAGACUAUAGUCCGUUCAAAAAAAUUAUGCGGUUUGAAGGGAAGCGAUUUCAUCCCCUCCAAUUCACCUUGAAAAAAACAGCUGACAGCUGAUCAGCUGAUAAUACAUUCAGCUAAAAAAAAGUGGCGUGGAACCCAGGAAACCUUCCCCUUAAACUGCCUAAAUUUUGUGAACCGACUUUAAUUUAUACUUAAUUUGAUAGAGAUAUAUUCAGAAAACCAGGAGAUCCAAGUUAAACCUAGUCAGCUGUUAACUAGUCAUAAUACUGUAGACCAAAAAUUACCAUAAAUUUUGCUCUGACAAAAUUAUCUACCUGAUAUUUUUAGAUAGAUCUGUUGUAGUUCUGUUUAUUUAUACAUUAUGUUGGUUAAAACUCUCACUGUUAUAGUCCAACUGUAGUCACAUUAAAAUUGUUUUAUAUUGGUUGUGGUUCACUCAGCAACACUUUUGGGAAAAGUUAUAUAGACUUGUUCUUGAAACUAAAUAAACGGUAUCAGCAUUGUGACACAUACUUUCUGUAAGCUCGUCAACAACCUUUAUCAUGGGUAAGCGGUAAGAGUAAAUUGCAAAAGUUGCAAUAACUUUUCAACCGUAAUUGUUUCAGCAUUAGAGUGUUGUACUAUUGUUUUAGAAUUAUAAGGACGAUAACAUAUUAAUUUUGAUCAAAACCAGCUUUUCUCCAAAAAUCCGAUUUUUGUUAUUUUAUGGUUUUUUUAUGGGAAAAUAACAUAAGUUACAAUAGCUUUUGAACCGUAAUUUUUACGGAAAUGGGAUGUUUUUAGUAAGAAAGUUUUAGUUUUAAUGCUACACAAACCAGCAAUUCCCAAUAGAAUAGGAUACCAAAAUACAUUUCAUUUUAAGUAACUAUUUCCAUACACUUUCUUUCAAAAUAGUAAAAAAAUAUUAAAUUCAGCCGAAAGUGUUGAAUGAGUGAAUCACCUUUGUACAACCCAAAGUGUGUUUAGAAGCUAUGCAAGCUUGCCCCACAUUCCCCUUAACAGACUUAAAAUGUUUAUCAACAGUGGUAAGAUUCUGAGAUAUCUUUGAAAUAUCCGUAUUUGACGGUCUGAUGGGGUAUCUACUGAUUUAAACUUCACCUCAUGUGUCUCCUAACCUGUUCCUAUAUAUUUGUAGUCCAUUCCAAAUUCCUUCCACCCUAUGAUUCCUAUUAGUAUAGUCAGAUUUCCUGAAUUAUCUAUUUGUUAAUUAAAUCCAUAUUUUUAGCCCCUGAGCUGUUACAUAACUAAAAGUUACAUAAAAGUGUUACACAACUUUACUUUUGUCAAUCAGCUCAAAAGUUGUAACUGUUGUUACGGCUGUUUCGGCAUUACAAUUCCAUCAUAAGACGUGUGGUUCUCGGCUUUCGAAGCAGGGUCGUCGAAGUUAAAAACCCUAACACUCGACAACCCUGCUGAAGCUGAGAUCUACACACCUGAUGAUGGCAUUGUGAUGCUGGAACAGCCGUAACAACAGUUACAACUUUUUAGCUGAUGGACGAAAGUAAAGCCUACUUUUUAGUAUCUUUGUACUGUUAACAAUAUUGUUUCAUCACUGUUAGAUUUCUUCGGAGAAAUUACAAGUGUCGUGCAAGUGCCAUCUUCUUAUAUCGUAUAAUAUGACAAUAUUUUAUAAAUGUUCUUGCCUAUAAUUGUCACAGUGUGAAAAUAUAUAAAAUUUUAAGCACAAAGAAUGGUUUAUGAUCUACAAAGAGAAGACAAUGCCGUAAGGCAUUUUCGUAAUGUAGUCAAUUACAUUCAUAUCCUUGUGAGUAAAAAGUGCUGUAGAGUAUUUAUUUCAAUAUAUUGGAGCUUAAAUUACAUUUAAAAUUCCUCUUAAUUAAAAAAAAAUAUAUGUUUCAUGUAAUUUGUUUACAUUUAAUAGUAUCUCUGUGUAAAACGUUUCUUAAACAGCAGAAUAAUAUUAACUUAUCCUUCCACUUUUUAAAGAGUGUUUUCAGUGUUUUAGUUGUUACCUAUUAAAAAGCCUUUUGGGUUUUUAAUAUGUUUACUCAAUGGCUCUUGCAAAUUCUAAAGAGACCAUACUAACAUUCAAGCAAAUUCUGAGUAAACAGUAUACAUAGUGACACUUUUUGGUUUAAACUAGAAUUGCAAUUACAUAUCAAUUUUUGGAAACAGUUUUUCCAAUUGUGUUUAGUUUUUAGUUUGCUUUUGUUAGCUUUGUUAAAAGAUUUUAUUUAUUCAUUUAGAUGUUGUUAUUGUUGAUUAAUUGUACAUUUUUGCUUUGUUUAUGUGUCAAUUUGCCUUCCUACUUAUUAAAAGACCUACCUAUUUUGUAUUAUUGUAGUGAUCGUGGUUGUUUAUAAUUAUAUAAGCCUACUAAUAUUUCACCAGUUAAAUGUGUGUCCUGGUUCUUUUAAGAUAUUUUAACCAUUUGGUAUUGACAGUGAGUGUACUGUUAAUUUUUCUUAUUCGUUAUGGGCAUUUAACUAAAAAUUCAUAAUAAUUAUAGAUUUUCAUAAUCUGAAUAAAUUUAUGUAGGCCUAGGUAGUAAUAAAUACAUAAUUUAGAUAUUUGUUUAAAGACCAACCUGAAACUUAUAUAGGUUAAAUAAAAACUUAAAUCUCCUCCGAUUCUUACUGUACAAAUUUUUAAAGAGAGAUUGAUAUUAUUUUGAAACCUGAUACUAAUAUUAUUUCAAAACCUUUAUUUUAAAAUCUCAUACUGAUAUUAUAUUAAGAAACCUGUUAUUGAUAUUAUUUUCAAACCCGAUAAUUGUGGGCCUAAUUGUCGAGACCACAUUUGGAUGAUAUUAAAACAAAAUACCUAUCCAUUUUAUUAAAACAAGUUUUUCUGUUAUUUUAAAACCAAAUUUGGGUGUUGUUCUGCAACCACGAUCUCUGCUGUUAUUUGCCUGUUGUAAGUUCCUGAGUGAAUUUUAAGAUUUCCUUGUAGUCUUAGUGUCUUUGGCAAGUGUUUAGAGGUUUGUUGUUGUUUUUGUAUAAUUUGUGACAAUAUAGAAUUAAUUGUUUUGUGUAAUUUAUGAUGUUAUUGAAUGCAUCAGUAUUAAAAUGAAUCUGUUAAUGCUCGGAUGGGUAUGAAGAUGAAAUAUAUAUUGAUAUACAAUGUAGAUUAGUCCUUAGCUUAGUUUAGCAUCGGGACCAAAGCCUCGAGCAAAGAUGAAAACUAUCUUGUGAAUCUUAUUUUCUUUGAAAAAUACAAAAUUUACCGGGUUAUAUUUUGUUAGGAAUACAUCCAUUUUAAGUUUUAAAUAGUUUUAGAAAACGUUUCAUCUAGUCAAAAAUUAAUCUUUAUUGAUUAAAAAAAGAUUGUUAUAUAUCACUCAAAUAGUUGUUAAACAUAGGUUACUGUUAAAAAAUCACUAGUUACACAUUUUUUGUAAAACUAUAAUUACAAAAAUUGUGAAUCUUAGAAUUGCCAUAUAAAACAAUGUUUACCUCUUGUAAGUAAAUGCCUAGUUAUAGUUUUUGACCAAUUUAAAAUUAGUAGAUUCUAAUACACGAAAAACAUUUUUUAUUAGAUUAAUUAUUCAACAUUAACCUAAUGCAGAUGCCAUUCUGCACGUAUAACCUUAUUUUCUUCAAAUUCAAUACCAAUGGUCUUACUGGAAGAACUAAAAGAUUAAAUUUUCCUUUUUUUUGUGUUGAGUUAAUGGUCAGGGUAUGAUUUUUCGGUAGAUAAGGUAGCUCUUAUCUUAUUACCUUUUCAAUAUGACCUAAAAAAUUACCUUAAUUCUCAAUAUUGAGUUGAAGAUUAUUUAAAAACAUUAGAUUGAUUUUAAGAUUGAGAUUUAUUAGAAUUAACAAUUUAAAAAAUUAACGAGUUGUGAAGAAUUAAAAAAUAAUUAAAAUAUGAACGUUCAGUUUUAAAGAUAUUAACACAUAAAUGUAUUUUGGAGUUUCCUUGCUAUGGUGCUCUUCCUUAUGCAUGUAUAUGUUGUUUGUUGUUGUAUACUACCACAUAUCAUUCAAGUCAAGUACUUCAUGGUACAUAAUGAUUGUUAAUGGAAUAUCGGUAUGGUUUAAUGUAUGUUUUCUAUUCUUCCCAAACUCUUAUGAACGUAUUAUUUAGAAGUAGUUGUAAGUGAUUUAAAUUUAGCAUGGUUGCCCACAUCAAUGUGAAAAGUACCUCUGUUUACAGAGAUUUUGAUUCUUGUUGUUCUUUGAAGAUAACCUGAGGUGUGUUAGUGAAUUGUUUUGUUUUUUAUCUAUCUUUUAGUCUCUACGUUUUAUACAGGUUUAUCCUGAUUUAAUUUUGUUUAAAAGAUUUUAACUCAGAUCUUGGAAAGUUAUUGGACUUAAUAAUUAAAUAUAUAACAUAAAUGAACACAAAUUGAAUUUUGUACUGUUUUAGUUUUUAGCCUCAAAUAUUGGAGGCUUGUUUACCAAAAACAUAAUAGUAUGUAAUGUAAAAGUGAAGUAUUAAAUUAACACUAGGAUUCGUGUGUAGUCCUAGUUUGUUGUUAAGUGCCAUUACGAUGUUGUGAUACGCCGUUGUCAUACUCUACGUAUACAGGGAGUAGGUGUUAUAGUAGAAGUGCUAGUCCUAUCAAGCGUACCCAUGAAUGGUAGAACGAAUUGUAAUUUGAUUUGUAUCAUAUCAAUAUUUGUGAGCACGGUGUCUACCAUAAAGUCACUGGUUUAGCUAGAAGGUAACAGAAAUCACACAACAGUCAUUAUUUUACUUGGAGGUAAUGCAAAUAAAAGCCAUUGGUUUUCAUUUUUACAAAGCAUUCCGUCACAGAAAUGAAAUAUUAAAAACUGUUCACUUUUUUCAUCAUACAAAACUAGAAGCAAUAGGUAGUUGAGAUGUGGUAUUGUUUUUACUAAGUAUUUUUGAAAACAAAAAUCAAUUGCCUAGUUUCACACACGGUUCCUUCUGUCAUAAUUCCCUUAGUGAUCAAUCUAUGACAUCUGACAUUCAAGAAAUGCUCCAUUAUUAUAGAUCAACUAUUUAUAUUGCAAAAUGGUAGACACCAUGAAGCAACAUUUGUACGAGAUCAUCCUAAGAGAUAGCGAUUUUAAAUCUUUAAAUCUUAAAUGUUGUUUACCCUACAGUAUUUUUUACAUGACCUUAAAUGUUUUCUGAGGGAUGCACGUUAAAAAAAUUAAAAGGCACUGUUAUUUAGUUAUAUUAUAAUGUACCAAAGGUAUAUUUUUAUGUGCCAUCUUUCCUUUGCAGUCAUAAAAACUCAGCUAUCAAACAAAUUUACUCUUACUCGUUUGAAAAAUGAAAUCGCAGACUUUUGAUGACCUCGUAAUUAUUUAUUGCUUUUCUGGAUUCAACUGUUUAAAAAUGCAGCUUUAAGAGUUUAACUAGUCUGAAUGUUACGUUACAAGUGGAUAUUAUUUAACUGGUUUUACAAAUUUUUAAAUAUUCUUAAAAUUCAUUUUGAUUUUCCCGAAUCUUGUUCGGGUAGCACUCGUUGAAAACUUACCACCGAAGUGAUUGUGAUGCAUGUACCAAGAUGAAUAAAUUGUUGUGAACCACUGUUUA